AUGUCGCCAGCUCUCGAUACUCAGAACGUCCCCGAGGUUCUAGAUCUCAAAGCCAAGAACAUCAAUACCCCGCAAGCCAGUCUUCUCCGGGAGCCACUCAAGUCAUCGGGAAGCUUGAAGGAGUACGAGAAUUUCGAUUCGACACCCAUUAUUGGGACUGAAUUCCCCCAUGUGCAGCUGACCGAGAUUCUGAGAGAUGAGACUAAAAUCCGGGAUCUGGCAAUUCUUGUCUCUCAACGAGGAGUCGUGUUCUUUCGCGACCAGAACAUCUCUUCUGAGGAGCAGAAGGUUCUCGGUCAGAAACUGGGCGAGUUGAGUGGGAAGCCAAGUACAUCAAAGCUUCACCGCCACGCUGUCUCAAACAGCAAGAGAGGAAUCGCUGUCGACGAGAACGGACAUCUAGACGAUGAGAUCUCUGUCAUUUCAUCCGAGUCCUAUCGCAAACUAUACGGCGAUAGGUACAAGCCAAACAGCGGUCGUCUCGCAAGCGAAGGAUGGCACGCAGAUAUAACAUUCGAACACGUCCCAUCUGACUACGCUCUGCUGAAGAUCACAGAGCUCCCCGAAGACCAGUCUGGCGGUGAUACGCUCUGGGCUUCGGGCUAUGAGCUGUAUGAUAGACUGUCACCGAUUAUUCAGAAGUUAGCCGAGGAGUUGAAGGUCGUGCAUCACCAGCCUUCGUUCAACAAGAUCGCCAAAGAACAAGGUAUAGAGCUCAUCCAAGGUGAUAGAGGCGCACCGGAGAAUACGGGAUUUGAUUUCAAGGCGACGCAUCCCCUCAUCCGAACAAACCCCGUAACAGGCUGGAAGAGUCUCUUCGGCGCGGGACAGCAGGUCGAGCAUGGCUGGAUUGAAGGUGUGACGCAGCUGGAAAGUAAGGUUUUGAAGAAACUAUUCAACAAGCUUCUCUUUGAGAAUCAUGAUUUGCAGGUUCGGUUUAGAUGGGGCAAGAAUGACCUUGCUAUUUGGGAUAAUCGGUCGGUUUAUCAUACCGCUACCAAUGACUACGGUGGGAAGCGUCAGGGUAAUCGGGUCGUUUCGCUUGGGGAAAUUCCGUACUUUGAUCCGUUGUCAAAGUCGCGGAGAGAAGCGCUUGCUGAGGGGGUUUGA